AUGAUGCUGGAAACAAAGCAAGAAGCUGAUAUUACUGUACUUUCCAGUGAAGAAGAACUAUAUUUGGACCCAAAGAAAGAGGCUAGAGUGGUACGCAAGUUGGAUAGAAAUGUUCUCCCAAUAUUGGGAUUGAUCUACUUCCUCUGCGCGCUUGACCGGUCCAACAUUGGAAACUCCGUUUCCGCUGGAUUGCAAGAGAGUAUUGGGUUAACGAAUUCAGAGUAUUCCAAUGUAGUUUCGUUGCUUUACGUGACGUACAUCUUAUCUGAGAUGCCCGGUACAUUGUUGUUGAAAAAAUUGAAGCCUCACAGGUACUUAGGAUUCUGUGGGUUAUGUUGGAGUUUGGUAACAAUCGGAACAACUUUUGUCGGUAAUUAUGGACAUCUUUUGGCUUGUAGGAUGUUAUUGGGGUUAUUUGAAGGUAGUUACUUCCCAUGUAUUAUGCUCUAUGUUUCUAUCUUUUAUAAAAAGGAGGAACAGGGGUUGAGAAUGGCCAUCUUGUUGCUGUGUGCUGGUCUUGCAGGUGCAUUCGGUGGGUUGAUCAGUUAUGCUUUGGUUCAAGUCCAGACAACAAAUCCCUGGUUACAGGGAUAUAGAUUAAUUUACUUGGUUGAAGGACUUAUCACGAUAUGUGCCAUUCCAUUGAUAUUCUUUUGGUUACCAGACGAUGAAAAUAGUGGGAAAUUCUUCAACGAUAGCGAUAGAGAAGUAAUGGCCAUCCGUUCCAAGCAAAGAUCAAACUAUAUGGGAGAAGAAGGAUUUCUGUGGGUUGAAAUUAAGAAGGCAUAUUUGGAUCCAAAGACAUAUUUCAGUAUGAUUAUUCAAUUUUGUCAAGAUUUAAUUUUGUAUUCAUUCUCUACGUUCUUACCUAAUAUCUUGAAAUCCGGCUUGGGCUAUAACACCAAUGAAGCGCAGUAUAUGACCAUCCCUGUGUAUAUUGUAAGUGUUAUUGCAGUCAUUUCAAUCUCAUAUUUGAGCGAUAGAACUAGCCUUAGAGGGCCCUUUAUUGCUGGUGCCAACGCUUUGGGGAUUAUUGGAUACAUUAUAUUGUUGGCAAGCGGAAACAACAAGGCUAAGUACUUUGCUUGUUACUUAAUAGCAUUCCCAUUGUACAUAUGUCCAGGUUUGAAUUUAUCGUGGACAGCAAACAACUCGUACCCUCAUUACAGAAGGGCAACGUCGAUGGGAUCGAAUCAAACCCUUGGUAACCUUUCUGGAGUCAUUGCUGGUCAAGUCUAUAGGAAUUCACCAUACGUUUUGGGCCAUUCCUUUGGGUUAGGGUGCUUGUGUGUUUCAAUUAUUGCAGUUGCCUUAAAUACUCUUUGGUUGAGAUAUUUAAAUAACGAAAAGGAGAGAAUUUUGAACGGUGAAAAGGUAGAUAACAAGUCCGAAAGAACAGGUGACCACGAACUUGACUUCAGGUAUUGCUAUUAG